AUGAGUGCCCCUAAACCUACGACGCCAGAACCAAAGGAUACAGAGUCCCUUCUACGCCAUUACUUCAACCUGGACACGGGUCUUGAAUCUCUAUAUAAGCAAUGGUCGGAGGUCGAUUCAAACUUUCGGAAAAGGGCACCCCAGUUCCAAGGUGUUCGCAUCCUAAACCAAGAUGCCUGGGAAACUUUGAUAGGUUUCAUAUGCAGCAGCAACAAUAACAUUUCACGCAUUUCGCAAAUGGUACACAAGCUGUGCAGACAUUACGGUCCCUUUAUUGCCUAUAUUGGAGACGAAGCUUUUCAUGACUUUCCAAGCCCCCAAGCUUUGACUGGCGAUAGCGUGGAAGCUCAUCUCAGAACUUUAGGAUUUGGCUAUCGGGCCAAGUAUAUCGCUGAAACAGCAAGGAUCGUUGCCAAUGAGAAGCCCGAAACCUGGUUGGAAAGCCUUCGAAAUCCUGAACACCCAGGCUUCAAUACAACACCGGUACCUAGAGAGCAGCAUGCAACUUACAAAGAAGCACACCAGCAACUUUUGACACUGAAAGGUGUUGGACCAAAGGUUGCUGACUGCGUAUGUCUUAUGGGUCUUGGAUGGGGAGAAGCAGUCCCGGUUGAUACGCACGUUUGGCAAAUUGCUCAAAGGGACUACAAGUUCGGCAAGUCAAAAGUAAAGACACUUAACAAGGCUACGUACGAUGCUGUUGGAGAUCACUUCCGAAACCUGUGGGGAUCUUACGCAGGUUGGGCCCAUUCAGUACUCUUUACUGCUGACUUGAGAGAGUUUGCGGCUCAAGCUGCGAAGGAGGAGGACGAGCCCACCAUGAUCAAAAUAGAGGUGGCAUCUUCUCAAGAACACACCCUCAAGAGGACCAAGAAGACGAUUACUAUAACCGACAGCAACACUGAGGUCAAAGAAGAAAGCCCGAUUGUCAUUCCCAAGGAUGAGCAAGGAGUUGAAGAGGUUAAGCAAAUGAGGAGAUCAAAGAGGCUGCGCACUUCGUGA